UUAAUGUCCGACUAUUUAGAAGAAAAUGAUGUUCAGUUAUUGAAGAAAGCAAUUUCUGAAUAUUGUGUUUCCACUGAUAAAUCGACUUCUGUUCGCAUUAGGAAGCGCCCGCUAGUUGUAAAAUCAAAUAUUCAAGAUGCUAAAGGUUUAUUAAUGGUUAAUUCAAGAAAAUUUGAUUAUUUAGGUGAUGCCAUUUCUUUUGUUUUUGAGAGCAUGAUUUUCAGAAAGUUUCCGUUAUGGGCGUCUUACAUGUUAGCCUAUGAUUUUAUUGAGAAAUUUUAUGAUGAACUACGAACAAUAGAUCCAGAGAAAGCAAAACCUCGUGAUUGGGAUAGAUAUUCAAUUUCUUUAUGUUCACAAAAAAAUCGAAAGCCAAAAAUGGAGGAUCGUCACAUCGUUUUGCCCUCAUUCUCAGUUAUUGAUUCGCAGUUUCCGAGCUCGGAUGCUUUCUUCGCUGUUUUUGAUGGACACAACGGAUCUGAUUGUUCAGCAUAUGCGAGCGCUCAUUUUUUGGAAUGCCUUCUAGAUGCACGUUCAAGUGGAAACAGUGAAGAAAGUCUUUUAGAAGAUGCCUUCAUUAGAAUGGAUACUCGAUUGACAAACCGUUGUCUUAGUGAAAAUUACAAAAGCGGAACAACGGUCAGCUGCAUUUACCUGAAUGAGCGGAAAAUUGCUUACAUGGCGUGGUGUGGAGAUUCAUCAAUAGCGGUUUUGAAGGAGAGAAGAAUUGAGACGCUUUCGAUCCCGCACAAACCUGACAAUCCAGAAGAACGGAAUCGAAUAGAAGAAGCAGGUGGAAUGGUUAUAAAUGUUCAAGGAGUUCCUCGAUUGAAUGGAGUUCUCAAUCUAAGCCGUUCAUUGGGGGACAUUCGUGCUAAAGUAGACUACAUGAUAUUUCUUUCAACCGAUGGAAUAUGGGAUUGCCUAGAAGAAGAACAAAUUUUCGAGUUAGUUCGUAUUUUCGUCACAGAGCAUUCAAUAAAAGAUUUUUACUUGUUGGCGGACUUUAUUGCUGCCAAAGCAAAAGAAGCUGACUCCGUCGACAAUAUGACGUUGAUUUGUGUUUGUUUGGAAUCUCUCGAAGAGAUUUGGAAUACUUUUGCUUAUAAAGUGGAAGAUCAUCCUCUUUCGAAAAGAAGUUAA